UGUCCAUUGUGGCUGUGUAUGUAAGGGAGUGGCAUUGCAUGACUACAGCACAGUGCUGUGCAUAAAAGCAGACCGACCCAGGCAGGAGAAUCAUUUCUUCUUCACAUUUUUGGGAAUGUACAUCAGGAUGGCCUCUGUAUCACUGCGACGCAGGAAGAACCGCUCCUCGCAACAGGCUUUGGCCAGGCUUCAGGAAAUGGACGAAGCAGACUCUGAUGGAGGAAAGAUUUCAUUUGUCCAGCAGGCCACUGAUACCUCCUCAGAAGACUCAGAAAAGGAGACGGAACAAGAACCCUACAUGCCUCCUCGGAAGAAGCACCGUGGUACUGGGAAGCCCUGUCUGAGCCAGACUGCAAAAGCAAAUCGCUCGUGCUUCACUGCGCAAGCUGGACCCACAGAGUCUGCUAAGGUUUGUCAUUGCUAUAGUACAUAUGAUAUUUAUAUAAACCUAUUUAGAAUGAGGUUCAUGUAAAUUUACCAUUCUCUAUUUUUUUAUCUUCCGACAGUGUAAAAUUACAAGCGUGCUCCAAAGCUUCCUUUGCCUGUUAGACGUGGGAAUGCUGGAGACCAUCAGGGAGUGCACGGUCCAUCAAGCCCGCAGAACAGAGCCGGACUGGAAUUUGGAAAUUCAUGAACUGAUGGCAUUCAUUUCGAUUCUGUUUGUAAGAGCAAUCAUGUGUCCCGUUGGUGCCAUUGUGGAAUGCUGGUCAGAAAGCUUUCUGGUGCCAGUAAUCAAAGAGACAAUGCCCCGAGAUAGAUUCAUUUCAAUUAUGCAACAUCUUCGAUUUGAUGACAAGGACACACGGGCAGAACGCGUGAAAACAGACAAAUUUGCUGCGAUCUCUUACAUCUGGACACGCUUCAACAAGAACUGUGCUGAGAGUUUCACUCCAGGAGAACACAUGACCAUAAAUGAACAGCUGUUCCCUACCAAGGUUCGUUGUCCAUUCUCACGGUAUAUCGCAACCAAGCCAGGCAAAUUUGGUAUCAACUUUUGGAUGGCCACAGAUUUGGAGACCAAAUAUGUCUGCAGUGCAUCUCCUUACUUGGGAAAGGAGCCCAGUUGUCAGAAGGGAGAGAGGCUGGCAGAGAGCAUGGUCAUGAAUCUGAUGGAGCCAUUUUUGGAUGAUGGGAGAAAUGUCACAACGGACAGUUUCAUUACUUCACCGUCACUGUCGCACAGACUGCUGCAGCGCAAAACAAAACUACUGGGCAUGGCACAAGUCCGAAAUGGCAGAAGGAGGAAACCCAACAUGAAAACAGACUACAACCACAUGAAGUGUGGUGUAGACGUGUUGGACCAAAUGGCGCGGAUGUAUUCCGUAAGAGCACCAACACACAGGUGGCCAGUAGCGUUUUUUUAUAAUAUGCUGGACCUGGCGGCGGUGAAUGCCUACAUUUUGUACCAGGCAUGUACAGGGUUGACAUGCAAAAGAAGACUUUUUCUGAGUCUUCUAGCUAAGGAACUUCGUUGCCAAUUCAUGCAGCACAAGGAAAUAUUGAAAAAGAGGCAGGCUGCUGAAGCUGCUGCAGCUGCUGUGCCAGGGAUUGUGCAGACAACGCAGUGCCAGGUGCAAGAGAGCUGCAACAGGAAUCGCAGCAGGUUUACCUGUGCAACAUGUAAGAAAUUCACCUGUGCCAAAUGCAGGGACGAUAGACACUGGGUCUGCAAACGCUGUAAAGUUUGAAACACUUUAAAAUAAAAUAGACAUGUGUAUCCAUAUAUUGUAAAUGUGUGUCUUUUGUAUAAAUAGGGCAGGCAUUUCUGAAGUCCAAAUGUGCUGUGGCUA